AUGGCAUGUGAGGAACCUGUGGACCCAGCAGUGGAGAAGUCUCCUCUAGACCCCUCACCGGAGGAGCACCUGGCCCCCCCUGUGCAGGAAGUCAUCCACUGCUGCAGCCCUGUCCCCUGUGCUGUCUCCAGUCCCAGCACCAGCAGCGAGGACUCGUUCUGUCGGAUCUGUCACGAGGGCAGUGGCGUGGAGGACCUGCUCUCCCCGUGCCAGUGCGCUGGGACCCUGGCCAUGGUCCACUGCAGCUGUCUGGAGCGCUGGCUGACAGCCUCAAACAGCAGCCGCUGUGAGCUCUGCCACUUUGAAUUCGCCUUGGAACGCCUGCCAAAGCCACUCACCGAGUGGCUGGACACGCCAUCCAUGCAGCACCAGAGGCGGACGCUGUGUGGAGACAUCAUCUGUUUCAUGUUCAUCACCCCGCUGGCCUGUCUGUCUGGCUGGCUCUGUGUCCAGGGGGCCAUGGACCUCUACUACAGCAACAGCAUGGAGGCCAUUGGCCUCAUUGUCCUCACUCUUGCACUAUUCGCCAUCUACCUGUUCUGGACCUUUGUCUCUUUGCGCUACCACGUUCACCUCUUUGAGGCGUGGAAAAGGACCAAUCAGAGAGUCAGACUCCAGAUCUCCAGGCCAGGACUGUUACCACCUCACCAACAGGAAGUUCCUGAGCCCUUCUCAAACAAGGACACAAGCAAGGAGACCGUGGUGUAGCUGUGUACUGUGUGUCACCAUUUCAGGUGGACUACUACUCCCAAGGAUUAAACCACUCUGCCCCUGGGCUGUAUAGACUUCAUGAUAAAUACCACCCUUUUGCUUUUGUUUGACAAAGAAAAUUUACCCUUUGACAAAGAUUUAGUUUUGUGUGAAUUUUUUUUAAUUUUUUUUAUUUUAAGUAAAUGAACAUUAAAAGGGAAAUCACUGGCAAUGUGCUGAA